UUGACAGCUGAACAAGUGAUGCCAAGGUCAGAGGUUGCAGAAGUAAAUCAGGAAGCAAGGCAAUCAUAUUUUCUGGUCGGUCAGAUCAAUGUGCCAAUACGAUCCUCUACACAAGAUAUCAGGAAUGGAAAUUCAGAUCAUAAUACAAAUGACUUGUCAGCAGUGCAUUCAGCUGGAGAAUUAAAUAUGGAAGCAAGGCCUCAACCUAUAACAUCCACUACGACAUCUUUUCUGGUCGGUCAGAUCGAUGUGCCAAUUCGGUCCUCUAAUCAAGAUAUCAGGAAUGGAAAUUCAGAUCAUAAUACAAAUGACUUCUCAGCAGUGCAUUCAACUGGAGAAGUAAAUAUGGAAGCAAGGUCUCACCCUAUAACAUCCCCUACGACAUCUUUUCUGGUCGAUCAGAUAUAUGUGGACAUACAAUCUUCUAUCAUAACCUCUGGGGGUUUGGUGUUAAAGAAAAAUCAUGGUGAAACACAAGAUUGUAGGAAAGGAAAUUCAGGUGAGACAUUUGAGUCAACAAUGGAUUCAGCUGAUCACCCAAUAUUCCCUUCAGACAAGCUUACUCGGAAAGAGGGAGAAAUGCAGCAACUUCCUGACAAACUUGCCAUAAUUGAACGAGUUGCCAAGUCCAAAGCUCAGUUGGGAGCGCUCAAGGAGAGUGAGAGAGGAUCGUCUCGUAUUAAUCAAAGCACAGCAGAGGGGAGAUGUACAAGCAGUGGGACAAUCAAGAAAUGGGGAGAAGGAUGUUCUCGCCAGUCUCUAGGCAGAGGUGUCAACAUUCAAAGAUCUGUUAAGAAUAGGUAUCAUCCUCUCCUGGAAGACUCUGAGAUCGAGGAGCAAGAAGAGGAACAUCCAGAGGAAGAAAAUACCAAGGUGUUGCUUGCCGCUGCAAGGGAAGCUGCAAAAAGACCAAAGAAAGUUGAGAAGAGGUUAAGGCAGAAGCAGAAAGAUCAGCAAUGGUCAUCACUGGGGGCUCCUACAUUGUUAUUGGUCUGCUUUUUCCUCCUAUUGGCAACUUUAUACAGCAAUCCCCAACCUUGAAAAAUUCUGUAGGAUUCUUCUUUGUUCAUCCCAUCUUAUCUUAGGUUUUGGGCGUCUUAGGUUUUGAUUAAACUAAACAGUCAUAGCUCAAAACGAACUUAUUUCCGUUAGAACUGAAGUUUUGAUAUCUGGAAGUUCAAUUUGGUACUUAAAAUUGAUGACUGAAGGAAUGAGAAAGUGAUGGCAGUGAG